CCGGGCCCCCGGCCCAGCCCUCGCCGUUCAACUCCAUCACUUCUUCCAUUCCCAUUUCCCCAUUCGACAAACAGCUCACUCCCUCCUAGCUUCGUCAGCUCAUAAACCAAACAGAAAGAGAGCUCGAUUCCAGGAAGGAAAGGAUGCUGCUGAACCCGGCGUCGGAGGCGUUGGUGCUGGACACCAUCCGGCAGCACCUGCUGGAGGAGCCAGCGGCGGCGGCGGCGGGGGACGAGAGCUUCGGGAGCCUGGUGGCGGACCAGUGGAGCGGCUCGCUCCCGUUCCGCACCGACGACGCCGACGACAUGGUGGUGUUCGGGGCGCUGCAGGACGCCUUCGCCUACGGCUGGCUGCCCGACGGCUCCUUCGCGCACGUCAAGCCCGAGCCGGCGCUGUCCCCGGACUCCCACUCCUACUCCUACUCCUACGACGGCUCCUCCUGCUGCUUCGGCGGCCUCCUCCUGGACCCGGCGGAGCCGCUGACGCCCAGCAGCGAGGCGGCCGCCACGCCCAGGCGGGAGGCGGCCGCGGCGGCCGUGGCCAGGGGCAAGCACUACCGAGGGGUCAGGCAGCGGCCGUGGGGCAAGUUCGCGGCGGAGAUCAGGGACCCCGCCAAGAACGGCGCGCGCGUCUGGCUCGGGACCUACGACACCGCCGAGGACGCCGCGCUCGCCUACGACCGCGCCGCCUACCGCAUGCGCGGCUCCCGCGCGCUCCUCAACUUCCCGCUCCGCAUCGGCUCCGAGAUCGCCGCCGCGGCCACCGCCGGGGACAAGCGGCCGUCGCCCGAGCCCGCCACCUCCUCCUCGGACUCGUCCUUCUCGUCCUGCUCCUCCACCACCUCCUCGUCUUCGACCAGCGGCUCGCCCAAGAGGCGGAAGCGAGGCGAGGCCGCCGCCGCCAACAUGGCCAUGGCGCUGGUGCCCCCGCCUUCCCAGCUGAACCGGCCGGCCCAGCCUUGGUUCCCUGCCGCGCCGGUCGAGCAGGCGGCGAUGGCGCCGCGCGUGGAGCAGCUCGUCAUCUAGCCCUGCGCCGAUCGGUCAGAGCCAGCCAGCCAGCCACCGGGCACCGCGGCGAGGCAAUGAGGCGUGCCGCGACGGAUGAUGCGCCAGCCAAGGCUCCUACGGGACAAGGAGCUGCGCGGCACUUGCGCGGUGCACGAAUGCGACGGGGGCGCGCGCGCGCGCGCAUCCCGGUGACAGCUCCAGCGGAUGGAAUGCGAUAAGCUCGGGAGCAAUUGGAUUGGGAUCCGGACGAGCUCCGCUCCGGAUGCCGCUGUUGCUCCUCCGUGCAACUCGCGCAAGUGGAACGGAAGAAGCUGUCUGUGUGUAAUCAAGUGUCUUGUCUGCGAACGAAUUUUUCGGUAUAUGCGUCGUUGUCACUUGUCAGGGUGGGGUGUGGUUGUGAUGUGCUGCUGAUAAAAACUGUACAGACAAAAGAAAAAACGUAGGGAGACGAUGAGAUCAAGAACAAUCUGCUUUGUUCGUUGGUACCA